AUGUGUGUCGAUUGUCGGGCCGUGAACAACAUCACCAUCAAAUACCGACACCCUAUAUCGAGGCUAGACGACAUGCUAGACGAGUUGAGUGGUUCGAGUAUUUUCUCGAAGAUUGACCUCAAGAGCGGCUACCACCAAGUCCGAAUGAAAGAAGGGGACGAGUGGAAAUCCGCAUUCAAAACCAAGCAAGGUUUGUACGAAUGGUUUGUAAUGCCAUUCGGUUUAUCUAAUGCACCUUUGACCUUCAUGAGACUUAUGAACCAUGUUUUGAGGGCUUACAUCAACAAAUUUGUGGUGGUUUAUUUUGAUGAUAUUCUUGUGGAUAGUUCUUGUCUAUCGGAUCAUGUCAUGCAUCUUGAAUAUGUUUUAAACACUCUCCGCGAAGAGCAAUUGUACGCUAACUUGAAAAUGUGCGUCUUUGCUGCUAAUGAACUAGUUUUCUUAGGUUUUAUUGUAAGUGAACAAGGAUUAAAGGUGGACGGCGAGAAGAUUCGAGCCAUUGAGGAGUGGCCCACGCCUACCAGUGUUUCACACAUUUGA